CCAAGAUGGCUGCCUGCACAGCGCCCUUGGGUGCUGCUAGCAUCCGAUUUCUUUUUAAAGACCACUACUUAUGGAAAACGAAGUUGUUAACAAUACCAUUUAGUUUGAAUUUCGUUAAACGGGGGUUUGCAGCGAAUGCAUUGUCACAGUCGGUUGAAGACAGCGUAACAGCCAGCUAUGGAGGACCCAUUGAACACUACAGGCGCCUGGUGGAAGAGGGCACUCUGAAAGAGGACGUUCAUCAAAAAUCAGUUUUGGAGAAUCUGGAAAAGCUACAGCAGACACUGAAGGGUUAUGAUAACCAGCCCCAAUCUUUCUUUUCUAAGAUGUUCUCCAAGCCGAAGAUACCCAAAGGCUACUAUAUCUAUGGAGAUGUAGGUACGGGUAAAACGAUGGUCAUGGACAUGUUUUACUCCUACGUUGAGACAAACAAAAAGAAAAGAGUCCAUUUCCAUGGAUUUAUGCUUGAUGUGCAUCAGAGAAUACAUCGAUUGAAGCAGUCCAUGCCUAAGAGGAAAGCUGGCAAAAUGGCAAAGUCUUAUGACCCCAUUGCACCCGUGGCAGAAGAAAUCAGUGAGGAGGCCUCCCUUCUGUGUUUCGAUGAGUUUCAGGUGACUGACAUUGCUGAUGCAAUGAUACUGAAACAGCUUUUUGAAAAUCUUUUCAAACACGGAGUUGUGGUCGUGGCCACCUCCAACCGUCAGCCAGAAGACCUCUACAAGAACGGACUUCAGAGAGUUAACUUUGUGCCCUUCAUCGCUGUGCUAAAGGACCAUUGCCAAACACUUCAGCUGGAUUCUGGAAUUGACUAUAGGAGGAGGAACCGUCCCGGUGCUGGAAAACUUUUCUUUCUCACAAGUGAACCAGAUGUGCACGCUACCUUGGACAAGAUGUUCGACGAGAUGGCCUUUAAGCAGAAUGACAUUACAAGGCCGAGGAUUCUGAACGUGCGUAAUCGGAAGCUGACUCUCAGUAAAGCGUGUGGGACCAUCCUGGACUGUACAUUUGAUGAGUUGUGUGAUCGACCCCUGGGUGCUAGUGACUACCUGAUGAUCUCCAACCUCUUUGACACGGUGUUCAUCCGCGACAUCCCUUUGCUCACCUCCUGGAAGAAGACACAAGCGCGACGCCUCAUCACUCUCAUAGAUGCACUCUAUGACCACAAGGUGAGAGUUGUGAUUCUUGCCGAAGCCCCAUUAGAUGAUCUGUUUGUUGUUGAGGCAAGUCUCGAUGACCAUGCCCAUGAGGUUUUGGAUGACCUUGGCAUUAAACAGGACGCGGCGAGCAGCCUGGCCAUCUACAGUGGGGAGGAGGAGGUGUUUGCCUUCCAGCGCACCGUGUCCCGCCUGACGGAGAUGCAGACGGAGGAAUACUGGCAGGAGGGGGACCGCAGCACCACGUGAUGAUGCCCACCUGCCUGCCCAGCGUCCGUGCAGCGCAGCGUGGCCUGGCUACAGCUCCUGAGGCUGCAGGCCCGUCGCUCGUCUGUCACAGUGCAGUCAGAGGACCACAUGCGAUGAGAACUUCAUACAGUAGUGCUGCCUGGUGAACUGUCUAAACGCUUGGAAGAGUCAUUCCUUUUUCUUUUACGCCAAUCCAGUCCACCCCACCAGCCUGAGACAAGGGGAGAAGAGCUGGGCACUAUCCUACCUCUUUAUUAUUUUUCUCCAUUGGUGCUGUUUAGUUUUCUGACUUGGAAAUGAGAGGGUGUGUGCGUGUGUGCGUGCCUACUUGCGUGUGUGUGCUGUUUGAGAAGUUGCCUUUGUCCGGUUCAGCGUUCUCAGCUUUUCUCUCUGUCAUUUAAAAAAAAAAAAUGUUCUCUUGCUCCUCAGGUUGGUUGGUGAAUUGGAUUGUCGUUGCACAUAAAUGACUUGAAGGUUUGCUGCUUGAAAACAGUCAUUCAGAGCAGGCUAUCCGCUCUUGGUCGGACUUGUUGGAGAAAAUGAGCUGUUAUUCUGUACAGUCUACUUCUGUCACACACAUACAGUUAGGCCUACUCAUGUCGGCAUCUCCUCCGUUAUUCGUCACUACCACAUACACCACAAAUACAAUCCUAUCCUAAUCUUUGUCAUGGGAUCAACUCAACAACCCUGCAUUUUAACUGGAUGUCAGUAAGAUUAUUUUUGCAUUUUGCACUUUAUCCAGUUGAGUUGCACAUGUUAUAAACUGUAUGUAGUAUGUCAAUUCCUAUGGUAACCGCAGGAAAAGGGAUGCCUUUUGUUUUUUGUGUCUUUUAAAUAAGGCAGGGCAGUGGUGGCCUGGCCGUAUAGGCCUAUUGUAGGUAAAGAUGUUAAUGAAUUAUCUGGUGGCCAAAUGAACAUUAUUGAUAUCUGAGGAGGGACAUGUACACUCAAGUCAUUAUCAGUCUUAUUUUCAGUAGAUUAAUACAUAUUUUGUCAUUUUCAUAUUUAAUGGUUAAAAGCAUGUAAGCUCUCUGGUAAAUGUUAGCUUAUUCUUGCCAUUAAAAACUCUGUUUUUGGUUUGAAAGUUAAAGUGUGAUGGAAGAAUGGAUCUGACUUUCAACCUGCCACCAUAUUAUCUGCAAUUAAUUAUCAUGUACACAGUGAAUGAAAAAUGAGAUAUUUAAGUAAAGAUUUUAUUUAUGCAAAAUGGAUGUAUGAGUUUUGUAAACAUGUACACAUUGAAUAUCUGGACUAGUUCAUACAAUUACUGUAUUAUUAUGCAUAAGUUAUGUUGGCGUGUAGGAGGGCGGAAACGGUUGUGGAGAAAGAAAAGUAGAUAAAUAGAUCCGCCACCUUCUCUCUGGGAGGGAGGAUGAAAACUGCUGAGCGGUGCAGUCUCUCCAGGCACGCUCACAAUGUUCAUCAGCGGGGAUUGUGUCACUUUAAAAGGCUAUGCCACCCAUGUAAUCUAGGGGGCAGGUCUGUCUUCAGCGGCCAGCGACGACUGCAGCAGAGCUCCGCGUAGUCCAAGCAAAGGCAGGCGGAGGCACGAGAGCGAGGCUCCGCUUGCAUCGGAUCGCCCAGGAUGCAAGCAAGGGCUAACUAGUUAGCUGCAGAACAGAGGGGGGAAAGCCUCUGUGUCUUUGUGAAUCAGAGGAAUAUGAAAUAUUUCGAUGAACCUUCGCACGCAAUAUGUGAUUUUAGCUGCUCGGAGGACGACUGGCUGGUUGGAGGUUCCGACGUCCUUUCAGAAGCCCUUGCACUCACAGCCCUACAGAUUAUCAAGCAAGCACUGCAACUGGGAGCUGGCGACUCUCCACUCGGGCUGGAUAAUACGUACGACUCGAAAAGGAAAUUGUCAAGAUGGCAGCUGCAUUCUGAAUGACUGUAUUAAGGGCACGUAUUCUGUCACUGAGUGUAUUCAUGCAUUUUAUAAUGAUUACAGUCAGGCUUAACGAUGAA